AUGUUGGCAACACUUGCGACACGCUUGGCCGAGGAUUUACAUUCGUACAUCGACCAAAGAAUACAGGAGAUCAUCAAACUGGCUGAGCAACAGGACCGACUCAUCGCGGAUCUAGCUCGGAAAACCCGGCAGGAAAAGAUGGAGUCAGCGCAG